CACAGACACUGUCCUUCAAGGGGACCAACCUGCAUUAUUCUUCCUUAAGAUCGCUGCAACAUCAGAGGGGUCAUACCACUGCAAGGCGACUGCAGGAAGAACCACAGGAGUCAGCAACAGCAUCAAGCUGAGUGUAAUCAGAAGGAAGUCACAUCUUCAACAUCUCCCUUCUUCCACAUCACUGAGAACAAGCUAGUGAUUGAGGAGUUGACUCCAGAGCUUGCUGGGAACUAUUAUUGCAUGGCUUGGUCCAGGGUGCAGGACAUCAGGAGGUUUUCCAGCAGCUCAGAGGUCCAGGUGACUGUCAAAGUCUAUGUUUCAAAACCAAGGAUCUCUUUCUGCAUCUCCAAAGAGGGAGCCAGUUACAUUGGCAACGUGACCUGCUGGUCAACAAGAGGGAGUCCUCCAGUCAACUUCUCUCUUUCAAUAGAUGACAAGGAAGUGGGAUCUGUCUCAGCAACUGAAUCCCUCGCUGUCUGGUUCCCUGUCGCAAUGGUACCCGGGCUGGACAUGGGUGUGGCUCGAUGUCGGGUGAAUACUGAGGUGCAGGACUUGAUGAGUGAGCCUGUGGCUCUAGAAGUGGUCCCUGUCGGAGGUGAUGUGAAAGUGGAGGUGGAGUAUCUCUACAGAGAUGACUCCAAACUGGCGGUUGCCAGGCUGAACUGUCAUGUCAGCAGAGGAACUUUCCCUUACAUCUCCUGGCUCUUGAACAACUCUGUCUUCCCCUCUGAGACGCAUGUAGACUCUCAUAUUCAGCCCGUCCUGUCUCACUGUGCUCUUGCUGACCAUGGACGAACCCUUGUUCUGGCCAAGCUCGGCCCAGAGGAGUCUGGUUAUUACAGCUGCAGGGUCAGGGACAGCUACGAUGACUCAGGGCCCUGGGUGGAGAGUGCUUCCGUGCUAGUCCAAGUCACAGAGGUCUUCAUGACCACCAUAGAGGCCAUUAGUAUAGGGUUCUGCUGCUUCCUUCUCGUGACGUUGGCAGUGGGUGUAGGCUGUGUGUACAAGAUGUUGGACCACAAGCAAGUGUGUGUGCCUUCCAGUCCCAGUUCUGAUGCACAUCGUCUGCCUGCACCCACGUCUCUGUCUAGAAGUAGACAGGGUAAUACUCCCUCUUCAGACUAUGAUUUUCAGAAUCAGGUAUGCAGGCCUGCAGAACACAAUGAUUCUGAAUCAGUCAAAUAUUACACACUAUCCACAUGUGCUUUACUUUACAUGUCCCUUAAUUUCUGAAAUUUUCUUAGGAAGGUACUAAUAUGUAACUGUAAAUUCAUAGUAAGGUUCCUGGGAAAUAUUAGUAACUUGGUACUAAUUACAGGAAAAGUGGACAGUGUUUAAUUGGUACAUUUUCAGUUGGUAUUUUACAUGUCUGCCUUUUCACAGUAAUAAGGUAAAUGUAAAUGCUCCGUAUUUGUAUAGCGCCUUUCUAGUCUUUUUCGACCACUUAAAGCGCUUUUACACUACAUCUGCAUUCACCAUUCACACACAUUUAUACACUGAGCCUAAGUGCUCAAACAGAAACUAACAUUCACACAGGAGCCAGUGCUAUGGCUUUAUGUUUUAUUGUUGUAUAUCAAUUGCUGUGUGAUUUAAUGUGUUUUUUUUGUUUUUUUUUGUUUCUUUUAAGCCAUUAUGUGCCUAGUAUAACAUCUUGCCAAUGGACUACAGUUGAAAAUUAGCCUGCUGGCUAGCACUGGCACAUUUACAGAAAUGUUGAUUAAUGUGCACUGUCCUUAAAUAAAAUGAGAAAUGAGAAAUUCAUACAAUGGUGGAAUAGCUACAAUUCAGGGUUCAGUAUCUUGUCCAAGGUAUCUUGCCCAAGGACACUUCAACAUGCAUCUUGAGGGAGCCGGGAUUGAACCACCGACUUUCCAGCCAACCCGCUCUAUCUCCUGAGCCACAGCCGCCCCCUAAAAUAAGCAAUGAUUUUGUUUUCUGGAAAGAAAAUAGAAAGAGAAAAUAGAACUGCUCGAUUUAAACCAAAUAUUUAUGAACUAUUCACUGAAGACACAUUUCAUAUUUUUGACAUUUAUGCAUUUUCACUGGCCAAAAGACUCUCAAGGUUACACUAGCAAUUAAUUGUAAUCAAUCAAUGAAUGUAACAUAAAUAGAACCUUGUGUCUAUUUUUGCUGUUAUUGUACAAAUUUAAGUAGUUUUCUAAAUUCCCAAUUAUUUUCUACCAUAACAUAGAAAGAUUUUAAGUCAGAAAACAGCAGGCCUCCAUAACAUGCAAAAAAAUACAUGAUUUGUGAAUAUAUUUUAGGCUUAGCAGUUCUCUCUAGAAAAGUACUCAGGAGAUCCAAUACUGCUUUUAAACACAAGUAAUUCAAAUAAUUGCCCCUCUUUUCUGUAUAACAGUAGUAAAUUAAAAUUUUCCUACCAGGACACAGAAAUGAUUAGGAAACUGCCGACAUGUGAAAUAAAGUGUUACCAAUUGUUCUCCAGAAACCUUCUAUCUUUUUAAAAUGACAUCAACUCUUUAAGAAUGUAAAAAAAAUAUUCUUAAAAUUAAGGAUUACUUACCAUCUGUGUCUGCUUAAAUGAAGUGAUUGUUUUGUUUAUAUAUAAGAAACAUUGUGAACCAGGUAAACAAGAAGACACCAUAACUGUUCUUUCUCUCUCUCUGUUUUAGACUGCAGAGAUCACAGUAUGACACAGGAGGAACCUGCACUUCUUCAUGCAAACUGUCAUUAUUUCAUUUAAAAUCUGCAACUAUUUGUUGUUAUUCUGCAGGCACGACAAGUGUGACUUUCCCUGAGCUGCCACGUUACUUGGACAUUCAGUUAAGAAGAGUUAGAGAUUAUGUUUUUCAGCUAAACAACAUUAUACUGUCAUGUUUGCAAAUAAAAAUUCAAAUUUUAAA